UCUCGAUGUUGCAAGUAGCAUUCACCAGACGUAUAUUUCUAACAUUAAGACACACAUCUCUUUCGUCGAGGAACGGUUAGAAUAGUUAAUUCGAACAGAAAUCGAACUAGAGCAGUGGAUUUAAAAUGUGUUGCUGCUGCAACUGUUCGAAUACUGCCAAGAAGGUUUGGUCCUUCAUGGGAGUAGUUCUGAUCUUUGGCUUAGCUGCUUUCUUCGGAUUCGGAUGGCCGGCUAUUGUGGAUUCGGUAGCACGAAGUGAGUUCGUGUUGCAAUCCGGAGCCCAGGUUUAUGAUAAUUGGUUUAAAUCAGAAGUACCAAUGUUUUUCGACAUCUACGUGUGGGAUUGGGUGAAUUGGGAAGAGGCGACGAAUCCCAAUGUGCGGCCACAUUUUGUCCAAAAGGGGCCUUACGUUUUUUCUGAAGUUCAUGAGCGUGCCAAUGUCAACUUUAACGGUAACCAUACAGUAACAUUCCAACAGCAACGCAUAUGGCAUUACAUUCCCGAGCAAUCGAACGGCCAUUUCUACACCGAUACCGUUUCUACGCCACAUACGAUAUUAAUGACGGUCGGUAAAUUAACAGAGAACAAUCCCCAGCUAAGGGGUUUAAUGGAUGCUAUUCUUGCCAACAAUGACCUUCUGGAUGCAAUCGUUUACAAAGACGUUCUCGUAAAGGACAUAUUGUUCGAUGGAGUAGAUGAUCGACUCUUGACUGGACUGCAAGGUUUAGUUAACGCGUUACCUCCUGGGACUCUCGAGGGAAUAGAUAUACCAAACUGGACCGGCUUUAGCUAUUUCUAUGAAAGGAAUACUAGCAUUGAAUACGACGGAGUCUUCCAAAUGGCUACUGGCUCAGAUGUAUGGUCGAGGACAGGACUCAUGCACACAUGGAAUGGCGAGCCAUCAGUUCCAUUCUAUCGGGGAUCCUGUGGACAAGUCAGGGGAUCAACAGGAUCGGUUAAUCCUCCGAUGACAAGCUCGCAGAUCGCCAAUCCAGAAGAUUUCAUGCUUUUCAUAACCGAUUUAUGCAGUGCCGUUACUUUGAAAUACGAUGGCGAUUUUGAACUACACGGCCUAGAAGGAAAAAUUUGGGUUGGCGAUAAUCGCGUUUUUGACAACGGACACAACUUCCCGGAAACUGAAUGCCAAUGUACGGCACAACCGGAGGAAUGUCCUGUGGUAAGGCCCGGCGUGUUUGACGUUUCAGGAUGCAAAUUUGGGGCACCAUUGUUUGUCAGUUUCCCCCAUUUCUAUCUGGCUGAUACAAGCUAUUUAAAUGCUGUUUCCGGUCUAAGCCCAACGCGACAAGCCCAUGAAUUCCGGUACGCAUUGCAUCCAUUCUCUGGAGUUCCGAUGUUGGUCAAUGGGAGGAUACAAUAUAAUGUGCAUGUGAAGGAAUAUGGAUUACAAGUACUCCAAGGUCUACCGGAUUUAUUCGUGCCCGCAUUUUGGGUGGAGCAAAGGGUUGAGCUUACACAGGCCGUCGUUGAUGAUCUGAUAUACAUCGAUACGUUACGCAACGCUGGUUAUUACACCGCAUAUGCUCUACUGGGAGUUGGUGUUCUCGCUUUUGGUGUUGCUAUGUAUUUCUCUAUUUUUGUAUGGAAAGACUAAGCUAAGGAACUGUUACCUGUAGAUGUAUGAUUAACAUGAACCUCCAUGUAUAAAAUAAA